AUGGACACUGAGUUUAAUGCUUUGAUUAGGAACGACACAUGGACUCUUGUCUCACCUCAUCCUCAAAUGAAUAUAGUUGGGUGUAAAUGGGUCUACAUAAUCAAACGACUGACAGAUGGAUCUAUUGAGCGCUAUAAAGCUCACUUGGUGGCAAAGGGGUUCCACCAACAGGAGGGACUGGAUUACUCAGAGACAAUCCCAAAUCAUGUGUGUCGCCUUCAUAAGUCUCUUUAUGGCCUUAAGCAGGCUCCACGGGCUUGGUUUGAUCGCUUCAGUGAGUUUCUCACUGAGUUUGGAUUUUUGGGGUCUAAAACAAAUACAUCACUAUUUACCUACAACACUGCUGCAAUUACCAUGUACCUAUUGGUCUAUGUUGAUGAUAUCGUCCUAACUGGCAACAACACCCUGUUCAUGUCAAGGUUCCUUGACCAACUUACCAAGACAUUUACAAUUAAGGACCUCGAUAAUCUUCAUUACUUCUUGGGCAUCAGUGCUCAUAGUUGUUCAAAGGGUCUUAUGCUAUCUCAAUGGCAAUACAUUUUGGAUCUGCUAGAUCGCACUCAUAUGACUAGCUGCAAACCAAUAUCAACACCAUUAUCACCAUCACAAUCACUGUCACGACUAGGUGGAACUCCGGUGGAUGACCCUACUCUUUAUCACAGUGUGGUUGGGGGCCUUCAAUAUGCAAGCCUGACAAGACCCGACAUAUCAUUUGCCGUCAACAAAGUGUGUCAAUUCAUGCACCGCCCUUGCACUGACCAUUGGGCAGCAGUGAAGCGAAUUUUGAGAUAUUUAAAAUCCACCAUUGACCAUGGACUCUAUCUCCAACGCCAACCCACUUUACAACUAUCUGCUUACUUUGAUGCAGACUCGGCUGGUUGCCCUGAUGACAAGAAAUCAAUGGGCGGCUUUGCCAUUUAUCACGGCACCAAUCUCAUCUCUUGGAGUUCCCGCAAACAAGCAACUAUGGCCCGAUCGAGCACAGAAUUGGAAUAUCGGGCCAUCGCCAAUGCAGCAGCUGAACUCACCUAG